UCGGAAGACGAAGAAUUUUCAUAUUUUGCGAUUCAGUUUCCAAAUGUACCAAAUGACAAGUAAGGGCACUAUGAUCUUUGGUGGAUCCCUACUGUUAACGCUGAUUGCUGUCUGUUCAGGGCAACGAGCAAUUGAAGUGAGAUUGGUGAAUGGCUCACGUGCCGGUGAGGGAAGAGUUGAGGUGUUCCAUAAUGGCGUUUGGGGCACUCUCUGUGAUGACAGCUGGGAUAGCAACGAUGCCCGUGUGGUCUGCAGAAUGCUUGGUUACACAACCAGUGGCUCUGUUUCCUUUUCUCGCGCUUAUUUUGGACGAGGUACUGGUUCCAUUCUUAUGGAUAACGUCGACUGCUCUGGGAGUGAGACUUCUAUCAAAGAUUGUGGUCACAGAGGUUGGGGGAAACACAACUGUGUUCACUCAGAGGAUGCUGGUGUCAGAUGUCGCAUAACAGCAACACCUGUUAAAGUGAGAUUGUUGGGUGGUUCUCGUGCCGGUGAGGGAAGAGUUGAGGUGUUCCACAACGGUGAAUGGGGCACUGUCUGUGAUGACGACUGGGAUGGCAACGAUGCCCGUGUGGUCUGCAGAAUGCUUGGUUACAGCCCCAGUGGCUCUGUUUCCUUUUCCGGCGCUCAUUUUGCACGAGGUACUGGUCCCAUUCUUAUGGAUAACGUGGCCUGCUCUGGGAACGAAGCAUCUAUCCAAGAUUGCGGACACAGAGGUUGGAGGACACACAACUGUGCUCACUCUGAGGAUGCUGGUGUCAGAUGUGUCGGUGCAGUGCCUGUUGAAGUGAGGUUGGAGAACGGCACUCGUGCCGGUGAGGGCAGAGUUGAGGUGUUCUACAACGGCGAAUGGGGCACUGUCUGUGAUGACAGCUGGGAUAACAACGAUGCUCGUGUGGUCUGCAGAAUGCUUGGUUACAGCCCCAUUGGCUCUGUUUCUUUUUCCGGCGCUCACUUUGGACGAGGUACUGGUCCCAUUCUUAUGGAUAACGUCGCCUGCUCUGGGAGUGAGACAUCUAUCAAAGAUUGUGGUCACAGAGGUUGGGGGACACACAACUGUGGUCACUCUGAGGAUGCUGGUGUCAGAUGUCGCACAACAACAACACCUGUUAAAGUGAGAUUGGUGGGUGGUUCUCGUGCCGGUGAGGGCAGAGUUGAGGUGUUCUACAACGGUGAAUGGGGCACUGUCUGUGAUGACAGCUGGGAUAACAACGAUGCCCGUGUGGUCUGCAGAAUGCUUGGUUACAAGUAA